CCCCAUCACAUAAACAUUCUUUCAAGAUGGCAGCCGCUUCAUCCGACAGGCACCGUAGCAAAGAUCCUGCGGAUCAGAAUUUCGAUUAUAUGUUCAAACUUUUAAUCAUAGGAAAUUCUUCCGUAGGAAAAACAAGCUUUUUAUUUAGAUACUCAGAUGAUUCUUUUACAUCCGCAUUUGUAUCUACUGUUGGAAUUGACUUCAAAGUUCAGACAGUUUUCAGAAAUGACAAACGCAUUAAACUGCAAAUUUGGGAUACAGCUGGUCAAGAAAGGUAUCGCACAAUAACAACAGCUUAUUACAGAGGUGCCAUGGGAUUUAUUUUAAUGUAUGAUAUUACCAAUGAAGAAUCAUUCAAGGCGGUUGCAGAUUGGGCUGGUCAGGUAAAAACUUAUUCAUGGGAUAAUACUCAAGUCGUAUUAGUUGGAAAUAAAUGUGAUAUGGAGGAAGAACGAGCAGUAACUUACGAACAAGGAAAAAAGUUAGGAGAUCAACUUGGAUUUCCAUUUUUCGAGGCUUCUGCGAAAGAUAAUGUUAACGUACGUCAAGCAUUUGAUAAACUUGUUGAUGUAAUUUGUGAGAGAAUGACAGAUACAAUUGACGGUGACCCAACGUUAGUUGGAGGAGCAAAGCCCGGAACAGCUAAUUUAUCGAAUAAGCCUAAUCAAAGCGAAGGUUGUUCAUGUUAGAUUAUGUUGCAAAGUAAUUAUGCCUUCACAAAAGUCAUUAUGUUUUAACAGUGGUGGAUCUUUAGCCAAUAAAAUAUGGUGAUGUAAACUCUGCACGUCUUAAAUUAUUUUUCAUUUAAAAGAAUGAUUUUUAGAUAUUGUUUUUGUAUAUGCACAAAGUUCGAUGUGUUAUUUGACUCAGUCUGUAAAAAGGAAUAGUAAUACUGUCUAUGUUUGUUCUUUGGUGUUAGACGCAUAUUUAUUUUUGUUAAUUUUUAUGUCCUGUUAAUAAGAAAAGAACCAAUUGUAAUAAAUAUUUACGAACCUAACUUGGGGGUAUUCCCACAAAAGGUGACUGCAAAUACAGAAAAACCAUCAGAAAAAAUACCCUUGACUGUGAGCGUUUUUUCUAGUCACUUAUCAUCUCAUUACAAAUAGUUUUUAUCAAAAAUUACAAAUGACUUGCGUUUGGAAGAUUUUCGCUUCUUUUUGUAAUGUACUCAUGGGGAAAUAUUGUAAAAUUUCACACCAGUUAAUUUACUUGGUGUGUUUCUCAUAUCUGAAUUUAUUUAUUUUGAUAACAAAAUAUUUUACAAUUAAAUGUGUGUUUUUUUCAUUGUAUUUGAGCCAUCAGAGCAAUUUUCAUACAUUCUGUGAAGCUCUAA